AUGGCAGGUUUACGUGCAACAAGUACAUCAAAACCAUCAAGGCAGAUUCAUCGUCUCUUUAUAUUUGGCGUGGUCGGCUUCGGCUCGGAGGUAAAGACGGUUCCCUCCCCCGCACGCAGCAUCAACCUCUUUCCCGUAGUUUUCGAUCCGAUACUAGUUGUUGCGCGAGCCUUUUUUGGUUUCGCAUCACGCAGUAUCGACGCUUCGUCUCUGCACUGGCGCCAAAAGCUUUCCAUUUCUCUCCUCCAGGCCUUGCGUAAGACGCUCAACCCGCGACAUACCUUUGCGCACUCGAGACAGCGGCUCACCGGAGCUGCCGUCAAGGACUACUGUCAUGACCAUGGGCUCGAAUAUGACAGCAUCACCGUAGAACUGCCCGAGCAUACGUCGGGGCAUGAUGCCCACGAACGAGUUCCCUGUCCAACACUGCAUCUCGUCACUCCCGCAAAUGCGCCUCUGGAUGGUCCGAUACUGCUCUACGUCCACGGCGGAGGCUACCUGAACCCCUUACAGGCACCCGGCCACAUGCCGUUUGCGUUGCAGUGUGCGGCCUCGUGUGCCGCGACUCGCCUCAUUGUCCUGGAGUACGCGCUAAGCUCGGAGCACGCCUAUCCUGUGCAGCUAAUACAAAUGGUGGCCGCAGUCAAGUAUUUAUUCCACCAGGCUAUACCUGGUGCUACUAUCGAUGCCGGCAUGCAGCCAGAAAAUCUCAUAAUGGCAGGCGACAGUGCAGGUGGCCAUCUAAUCGCUAGCUUACUCCUACACGUGGUGCGGCCAUCCCCCUAUGCACCACCAAUGACCGAGUUGAGCGGCGAGCAAGGGAAGCAGCUUCGCGCCGUAGCACUUUGCUCGCCAUGGAUGACAAUGAAUACCACCGACGCCUCAUUUACAGCAAACGACGGCAACGACUAUCUCUCAGCCCAGCAGUUGGAUGUAUUCAUCCGUUUAUUCGAGCCAUUGUCCACCGAAGUCUGGGCAUCGCCCAUUGAGGCUGACGAUGCAGUCGAGGCGUGGAAAGCCGCCUUUCCGCCCGCAUUGACUGCCACGGCUUCUCGUGCAGUCAAAGGGCCCGUGGCGAAGCGUAUGCUAGUUACGUCGGGAGCAGGAGAGACACUAUUUGACUCGUGCAUUAAAUUUGGAGGGGAGCUGCUUCGUGCAGAUAUGCUGGUUCUAGACUCUGAUGAAAAGGUCGCGCUCGUGACCAGCAAGGAGCUAGUCUUGACCAUUGCACCGGAUGAGGCCCAUGUUCAACCGGUGCUGGAUUCUGCGCUCGGCUAUGCUCACGGGCGUUCAAUGACGGCUGUCGACCAGUUUCUGCGAUCGGUAUAA